GGCCUCCCAAUCAGACCUGAACUGCUACAGCUGUGUCCUGAGGAGCUGGACCAGCCACAUCCCUUGGGGCUGAAGUUGAAGCAGAACCAAGUGGCCAUCCCAGCCGGAGACUAGAUUCCUGGCUCCGGAGCAGCCAGUCAGUAGGCAACGGGCAGCUUUUGCUCAGAGGUCCCAGUGCUGACCGCUCCACAAGCUGGCUCUCCACAGGGCGAAAUGGCGCUGCAAGUGGAGCUGAUACCCACCGGCGAGAUCAUCCGCGUGGUUCAUCCCCACAGGACAUGCAAGCUUGCCCUGGGCAGUGACGGAGUACGGGUGACCAUGGAGAGUGCCCUGACCGCUCGAGACCGGGUGGGGGUGCAGGACUUUGUGCUGCUGGAAAACUUCACCAGUGAAGCUGCCUUCAUUGAAAACCUGCGGCGACGCUUCCGGGAGAACCUUAUUUAUACCUACAUUGGCCCUGUCCUCGUCUCUGUCAACCCCUACCGAGACUUACAGAUUUAUAGCCGGCAGCAUAUGGAGCGAUACCGUGGUGUCAGCUUCUAUGAAGUGCCACCCCACCUGUUCGCAGUGGCUGACACUGUGUACCGGGCACUGCGCACUGAGCGUCGGGACCAGGCAGUGAUGAUCUCUGGGGAGAGUGGAGCAGGCAAGACAGAGGCCACCAAACGGCUGCUGCAGUUCUACGCAGAGACCUGCCCGGCCCCCGAGCGAGGUGGCGCUGUGCGGGACCGGCUGCUGCAGAGCAACCCAGUGCUAGAGGCCUUCGGAAAUGCCAAGACCCUUCGGAAUGAUAACUCCAGCCGAUUUGGAAAGUACAUGGAUGUGCAAUUUGACUUCAAGGGUGCUCCUGUGGGUGGCCACAUCCUCAGUUACCUUCUGGAGAAGUCCCGAGUAGUACACCAGAAUCACGGGGAACGGAACUUUCACAUCUUCUACCAGAUGCUGGAGGGAGGUGAGGAGGAGACUCUGCGCAGGCUGGGUUUGGAACGGAACCCCCAGAGCUACCUGUACCUGGUAAAGGGCCAGUGUGCCAAAGUCUCCUCCAUCAAUGACAAGAAUGACUGGAAGGUCGUGAGGAAGGCACUGACAGUCAUUGACUUCACAGAGGAUGAAGUAGAGGAACUGCUGAGCAUUGUAGCCAGUGUCCUGCAUCUGGGCAACAUCCACUUUGCUGCUGACGAGGAGAGCAAUGCCCAGGUCACCACCGAGAACCAGCUCAAGUAUCUGACCAGGCUCCUUGGUGUGGAAGGCUCGACUUUGCGGGAAGCCCUGACACACAGGAAGAUCAUCGCCAAGGGGGAAGAGCUCUUGAGCCCACUGAACCUGGAACAGGCGGCAUACGCGAGGGACGCACUUGCUAAGGCUGUGUACAGCCGCACUUUCACCUGGUUGGUUGAAAAGAUCAAUAGGUCCCUGGCUUCUAAGGAUGCUGAGAGCCCCAGCUGGCGGAGCACCACAGUUCUUGGGCUCCUGGACAUUUAUGGCUUUGAAGUGUUUCAGCAUAAUAGCUUUGAGCAGUUUUGCAUCAACUACUGCAACGAGAAGCUGCAGCAACUCUUCAUUGAGCUGACACUCAAGUCGGAACAGGAGGAAUAUGAGGCAGAGGGCAUUGCGUGGGAGCCCGUCCAGUAUUUCAACAACAAAAUCAUCUGCGAUUUGGUGGAGGAGAAAUUCAAGGGCAUCAUCUCCAUCUUGGAUGAGGAGUGUCUGCGCCCUGGGGAGGCCACAGACCUGACCUUCCUGGAGAAGCUGGAGGACACUAUCAAGCACCAUCCACACUUCCUGACGCACAAACUGGCUGACCAGAAGACUAGGAAAUCUCUAGGCCGUGGGGAGUUUCGCCUUCUGCACUAUGCUGGGGAGGUGACCUACAAUGUGACAGGCUUUCUGGAUAAAAACAAUGACCUUCUCUUCCGAAACCUGAAGGAGACCAUGUGCAGCUCGAAGAAUCCCAUCAUGAGCCAGUGCUUCGACCGGAGUGAGCUCAGUGACAAGAAGCGGCCAGAGACGGUUGCCACCCAAUUCAAGAUGAGCCUACUGCAGCUGGUAGAGAUCCUGAAAUCUAAGGAGCCCGCCUACAUCCGCUGCAUCAAGCCUAAUGAUGCCAAACAGCCAGGCCGCUUUGAUGAGGUGUUGAUCCGGCACCAGGUGAAAUACUUGGGGCUGAUGGAGAACCUGCGAGUGCGCAGAGCCGGCUUUGCCUAUCGCCGAAAAUAUGAGGCUUUCCUACAGAGAUACAAGUCACUGUGCCCAGAGACAUGGCCUACAUGGGCAGGACGGCCCCAAGAUGGUGUGGCUGUACUUGUCAGGCACCUUGGCUACAAGCCAGAAGAGUACAAAAUGGGCAGGACCAAGAUCUUCAUCCGCUUCCCUAAGACCCUGUUUGCUACAGAGGAUGCCCUGGAGAUCCGGCGGCAGAGCCUGGCCACGAAGAUCCAGGCUGCCUGGAGGGGCUUUCACUGGCGGCAGAAAUUCCUCCGUGUGAAGCGAUCAGCUAUCUGUAUCCAGUCAUGGUGGCGUGGAACACUGGGCAGGAGGAAGGCAGCCAAGAGGAAGUGGGCAGCACAGACCAUCCGGCGGUUCAUCCAUGGCUUCAUCCUGCGCCAUGCACCUCGUUGCCCUGAGAACGCCUUCUUCCUGGACCAUGUGCGCACCUCUUUUUUGCUUAACCUUCGGAGGCAACUGCCCCAGAAUGUCCUGGACACUUCCUGGCCCACACCCCCACCUGCCCUGCGUGAGGCCUCAGAGCUUCUACGAGAGCUGUGUGUGAAGAACAUGGUGUGGAAAUACUGCCGGAAUAUCAGCCCUGAAUGGAAGCAGCAGCUGCAACAAAAGGCUGUGGCUAGUGAGAUCUUCAAGGGCAAGAAGGAUAAUUACCCCCAGAGUGUCCCCAGACUCUUCAUCAGCACACGUCUUGGCACAGAUGAGAUCAGCCCCAAAGUGCUGCAGGCCCUAGGCUCUGAGCCCAUACAGUAUGCGGUGCCAGUGGUAAAAUACGACCGCAAGGGCUACAAGCCUCGCUCCCGGCAACUGCUGCUCACACCCAGUGCUGUGGUCAUCGUGGAGGAUGCCAAAGUCAAGCAGAGGAUUGAUUACGCCAACCUGACUGGUAUCUCUGUCAGCAGCCUGAGUGACAGCCUGUUUGUGCUCCACGUGCAGCGUGAGGACAAUAAGCAGAAGGGUGAUGUGGUGCUGCAGAGUGACCACGUGAUAGAGACACUGACCAAGACAGCUCUCAGUGCCGAUUGCGUAAACAACAUCAAUAUCAACCAGGGAAGCAUCAUGUUUGCAGGGGGCCCUGGCAGGGAUGGUGUCAUUGACUUCACACCUGGAUCGGAGCUGCUCAUCACGAAGGCCAAGAAUGGGCACCUGGCUGUGGUGGCCCCACGGCUGAAUUCUCGGUGAUGAAGGUGCCCAUUGGACCCCCUCCCAACUCCCAAUGCUUUGCUUAUCCCCUUUCUCCCUUCCCAAGUUCCAAAGACUCGAGCUUCCAGACAGGGACCCAGGGACACCUUAAAGCCCACCUGCAAACUCCUGCUUCCUGCUCACCCCUCUUGAGGGAGCAGCAGGGGGCGGGAGGUACUCCAGGAGUGGGCCAGGCCGGGCCACAGCAAUAGGAAAGGUGAGGCCAGAGCAAGCCACGCCAGUCCCACCACUGAUGCCAAAUACGUGAGAAGGGAAUUUUUGCUGAGGUUUUCUCUGAGAUUUUUUGAUGCUUUAUAGGAAACUAUUUUUUUAAAAAGCCAUUUUCCUAUCCCAAGACACAUUGGAUGUGUUUUCCCUGAUUCAAACAGGGCAAGGAAUGUAGCUGAGAGAUUGGGUGGGCUGGGCUGUGGGGCCUUCUUCCCUGGCCAGGCCAUCCUCUCCUUGUUCCCUUGGUACCUUGUCUGUCUUGUCUAUCUGUCUGUCUGCCUGCCUGCCUGUCUGCCUGCGUGUCUCCCCACCUAUAUCUUUUGCAGCCCACUCUGACCUCCACCUGGGGCUGAGACCAACCUUGCCUGCCCUUUCUUCCUGCCUUAAAGUGCCCUUUUAGGACAGGGAGUGUAGCUCAUUGGUAAAGCAUGUGCUUAGCAUGUGUGAGGUGUUGGAUUUAAUCCCCAGAACCAAAACAACAAACAGGAAAAAAAAUGCCCUUUUAUAUCAUCAUCCCAGUCUUGGAGAAUUCUGCAAUGGGAAGGAAAGUCUUACACCAUAGAAUUUGGAAGACUUAGAACUAAGUCAUCUAGUUCAGCCCCUUGCAGUUACAGAGCCAGAGCCAGAAAAAAGAUGGAGGGGAAGCCCCAAAAGGUAAAGAGACUUGUCCAAGCUCCUACAGCAGGUUGAGACAAAAGCAAGACUCUUAACCCUUCCUGAGCACACUUCACUGCCACUCCCAGGGAAAGGGAGCCCC